AUGAAAAGUCUUAGGCAGAGAGUGGGUUUAUCUCGAACCAAGGAGUCCAAGACCUCCUCAAAGAAGAAGGACUCUGGUUCCUCGUCAUCUCAAGCCUCGUCCGGAUCUUCGACCACCUCCGACAAGAGGAGCAGUGGUGAUUCAAGCCGGAGUGGGGAUACCUCUGCGGACAAGACCCCCAGCAAGUCGAGGGACCCUGCUGCUGCCGGGGCGACUCAGUCAUCGCCCGCAACCGGAUCUCCUGGCUCUUCGUUGGCCAAUCUCCAUGCUCACAUCAACAAUGCUCCUUCUCCUGCGGGAGCGAGAAUGAUCGCACCUUCUGUGAUCAUUAGCCCUUCGUCUGCGCCUCAUGUGCCUCCUCCAGGAGCCGCCGAAACGAUGCCGGGCGAUCUGGUACCCCCCAAGGCCGGUCAGAAGACUUUUGACAGAUUGCAGACCGCCCCCAAAGCCGACCAGAUUCCUGAGGGUCUCAAGACUCCCAAGAGGCAGCACAGCUCGCGGUUUGAUAUCUCCGAGAAGAGAGAUCUGGAGAAGCUGCCUGGCUUCCUCGACGUUCCCCCUCAGCGUAGGGAAGAGCUCUUCCUGCAGAAGCUGGAUCAGUGUAAUGUCAUCUUCGACUUCAACGACGCUUCUGCGGAUAUGAAGCCCAAGGAAAUCAAGCGCUUAGCACUUCAUGAGCUCCUCGACUAUGUCGCUACCAACCGGUCUGUCAUCACGGAUAGGAUGUACCCCAAGGUGGUGGAAAUGUUCGCCAAGAACCUGUUCAGACCCAUCCCUCCCCCGGUGAAUCCGGUUGGAGAUGCGUUUGAUCCGGAGGAGGACGAACCUGUGCUCGAAGUUGCAUGGCCCCAUAUUCAAGUGGUCUAUGAGUUCUUCCUGAGGUUCAUCGAAAGCCAAGAUUUUAACACCAACGUCGCUAAACAAUACAUCGACCACCAGUUUGUGCUACAGUUGCUGGAACUCUUCGAUUCUGAAGAUCCCCGAGAGCGCGACUUCUUGAAGACGACUCUUCAUCGUAUCUACGGCAAAUUUCUCAAUCUCCGUUCGUACAUCCGGAGAUCCAUCAACAAUGUGUUCUUCCAAUUCGUCUACGAGACAGAACGGUUCAACGGAAUCGCAGAGCUUCUCGAGAUUUUGGGUAGUAUCAUCAACGGAUUCGCAUUGCCUCUAAAGGAGGAGCACAAACUGUUCUUGACCCGGGUUCUCAUCCCAUUACACAAAGUCAAGAGUCUCAGCAUGUACCACCCGCAAUUGGCGUACUGUAUCGUCCAGUUCCUCGAAAAAGACUCAGCCUUGACCGAAGAGGUUGUUCUGGGGUUGCUGAGGUACUGGCCGAAGACCAAUAGUACCAAGGAAGUCAUGUUCCUGAACGAGGUUGAGGAUAUCUUCGAGGUCAUGGAUCCUGCAGAAUUCGCAAAGGUCCAGGAGCCACUUUUCCACCAGCUGGCCAAGAGCGUGGCCAGCCCGCAUUUCCAAGUUGCCGAGAGGGCCCUGUACUUCUGGAACAACGAGUACUUCUGCAAUCUCGUCAGUGACAAUGUCGAAGUCAUCCUCCCGAUCAUGUUCGCACCAUUAUUCGAGAACUCCAAAGGACACUGGAAUAGAACAAUCCACCAAAUGGUCUAUAGUGCGAUGAAGUUGUUCAUGGAAAUAAACCCCUCCUUAUUCGACGAAUGCACUAGCGACUACGCCGCUCUCCAAGAAAGUGCCCCUCAACGGCAAGCGGAGAGGGAGAAUAUCUGGAAGGCCUUGGAAGAGAAGGCGGCGAGGAAGCGGAAAGAGGCAGCGUCCGGCGCCAGCUCAAUAGCAAAACCACGUGCCGGAUCACCUAUGCAGAUAUCUGAAGACGGGGCAAGCGACAAGCUGGACGCCCUCCACCUCCAAGACGAAAGCCCAAACAAAGCGGUAGGUCACGCUUAA